AUGUUUAUCACAGUGAUGUUUGGAGCUGGCUGCUGGGAGCUGGUGAACACUUGGUGCAGCCUGGUGACACUCACUGCCCACUUGAGGCAGAGGGGGCAGGUGCCCCCAGAUGCGACCAUUGCCCUCCUGGCUGAGGAUGGGCACCUGGUGAGCCUGGAUGAGGGGGCUUCCCAGGCCCCUUCCAUGGGCAGCCCCCUGCUGCAGGAGCGUGGGACCUAUGUCCUUGUGCAGAUCAUCAGUAAGUGGGCCACAGAGGGGGAGGAUGGGGCGCCCACCCGCUACGAGUCCCUACUGGAGAACCUGGAUGACCAGUGUCCAGAGCUCGCAGGCCCAAACAGAUAG